AUGCUUCUCAUCGGGCUGACGGGAUCCAUCGCGACGGGCAAGUCGACCGUGUCGUCGCUGCUAUCGGCGCCGCCACACUCGCUGCCCAUUAUCGACGCCGACGUCCUCGCGCGCAAGGUGGUCGAGCCCGGGACCAGCGGCUACCGGGCCAUUAUCAAGCACUUUGGGCCCAGCACGCCCGACCUCCUAGUCGAAGCAUCCGACUCGAUGCCGGCCGACGGGCCCGACAGCAGGGGCAGGCCGCUCAACCGCCCGGCCCUAGGCAAGCGCGUCUUUGGCGACAGCGAGGAGCGUACCAGGGACCGCGCUGUGCUCAACGGCAUCGUGCACCCGGCGGUGCGCAGGGAAAUGACCAAGCAGGUGUUAGGGUGCUACCUGCGCGGCCACUGGGCCGUCGUGCUCGAUAUCCCACUGCUAUUCGAGAGCGGGCUAGACCGCUUCUGCGGUGUCACCGUCGUCGUCGCCGUCUCGGACCGCGAGACACAGCUGCAGCGGCUCAUGGCACGCGACACGCACCUUAGCAGGGACGACGCCGAGCAUCGCGUGCGCAGCCAAACCGACGUCGGCGUCAAGGCGACGAGGUGCGCGGCGCGCGGCGCCGGCAAGGGCGUGGUGUUGUGGAACGACGGGUCGGCGCAGGAACUGGCGGCCAGUCUCGACGAGGCCAUGGCGGAGCUGCGCGCGUCGAGCCCCGAGUGGUGGUUGUGGCUUCUGCUGGCGUGUCCGCCUCUGGCAGUGGCAGUGGCCGCGUGGAGGUUCUGGCAGAACGUCGAGGUCAACAGGCAGUGGGAGAAGCAGACGCGGGGGAAGCUGUAG